UAUGACCAGAUGGGAUACAUCAAUAUGCUGAAGGUUUUGUACAGAGAUCUUUUGAAAAACAAUUACGAGUUGAAUAAGGCUACUAAAGUGAUGGACCUAAUGAAUUUGUUGAUUGCUUCUGGGGAUCUACACUCAACACAUUUAAAUCUUCUAUAUGAUACCAUAAACAUAACAAAGCAGUAUGGCUUGGAAAGGGAAAUCAAAGAUGUACUGCCAGUAUUUCAAAAUGUUAGAGAUGCAGUAAUCUCAACAUUCACACCUCACAGACAAAAAGUUAUGAAACUUGGAAUGGUACUGAUUGAUGAAGAUUUAAAAAAGAUCUGUGGAUUGUAUAAUAAACCAGUAAAGGAAUAUGCAGACACAUGGAGUCUGAUUAUGGAUCUGGAGCACAACAGAAUAAUUUGUGAAGGAAAAAUGGACACCUUCAUUGAAAAACUGAAUUCCCUUAAACUCCAACAUGCUGUGGAAGGUUUAACAGAAGAAAUCCCAAAUGCAUCUUCAAACUCUGGAUAUGGCCAUAGUGAAGAAAUUGCUGUGAAAGUAAUUCAGAAACGCAAAGGAGAAUCCUGUGAUUCUGAAGGACAACCAUAUAAAAAGUAUGCUCUUAAUUUGUUAAAUGAACUUGAUGAAAAUAAAGACUCCCUAACUUUAAAGGAUAUAAGUUGA